AUGACUUCACGCAAACCGCGGAGACAGAACAAUCACAAUCCUGUCAACCUCACCGAUAAUGAAUCUGACGCCCCAUACUACUCCGACAUGCAGCAACAACCUGCACCCCCGCUCCGCUCGAACGAAGAGCUCAACCUCUCUGUUAUCCGCCGUCACAAGCCCUCAGUGACCUCCAUCCUCUCACUCGCCCCCUACGCAGUUGUCUAUAUCUUCAGCCCCACGACAAAACAAUGGGAAAAGAACGGAGUUGAAGGAACCCUGUUUGUGUGUCAGGAAACACAGGGUGAGCUGGGCGAAGAUCGCUAUACUGCCUUUGUGGUAAACCGCCGCGGGUUGGACAACUUCGAUCUCCCCCUCACCGACGGGGAGAAUGUCGAAAUUACAGAGGAAUAUGUGAUUCUCAAAGCCGAAGAAAGUGCCGAAGGCGAAGCUGGACAAAAUGGCAUCGCCGACCCCUUGCACCCCCAGAAUUUGUCCAAGAACCAAACCGGCACGAACAACGUGCGCAUCUACGGUCUCUGGAUAUACUCAGAGCCGCCGCCAAACUCCACCGCGGACAGUCGCACCAUAAACGCCCAGAUGAUCCUCGAGUGUGCCACCCACGCGGGGGAGAGCAUGAAGCUAGCUCGCGAACGUCUCGAGGCUAUGCGCCAGAGUAGCUUGCACGCCGCAGCAAUGGCAGCUUCCACACAGGCUCCCCCAAUGGAGGAACUACAAGCCGGGGUGCCUAUGGGACGUCAUAUUUCGCUGCAGGACAUGUUUGGUCAGCAGCGCGCCCAGGACGAUUCUUGGAGUGUGCGCGCACACCAUCUAGGCCCCAAUCAGCACCCGCAGCAAUACCCACAGCAGUCCAGCUAUCAACACAUGGUGCCUCACCAUCCUACUCCCCCACCGCAGCCGCAGUCUGAUGUGCUAGGAGAUCUAUUCCGGAGAGCAGGACUAGCUCAACAAGGCAACAUCAAUGGGCAGGGGCAAUAG